UUGCGUGGUCCCGUGUCAUGCGUCUGGUCUGAGCCAGACACCACAUAUUGGCGACGAGGGUCAGUAUCGGAGCCAUGCCGCUCGGGUGUUUCCCAGCACCGCCCCCUUUCUUGCCUGCACCCGGUGACCCGGCUGUACCUUGGCAGCAGUGGAAACGCGUAUUCCUGAAUUUCCUGGAGGCCAUUGGCGGCGAUGAACUGCAGCCGAAGCGUCGCAAGGCAAUUCUGCUCAACUCGCUCGGGGUUGAAGGCCAGCGAAUAUUCUACAGCAUCCUUGCGCAAGGAGCAGACGUGACCGCGGACGCCAAGGCCGAGGACAAGGUGGACCAGUUCAAGGACGCGCUUGCUACACUGGAUACGCAUUUCGCAAGCGCUACGAAUGAUUUGGUGGAGCGGCGCCGGUUUCGCCAAAGAAGACAACUGCCUGGUGAGACCUUUCAAGCAUUUACAAACAGUCUUCGGGACCUUACGUCUACUUGCAAUUUUGGCAGUGCUACCGAUAGCAUGAUUCGAGACCAAUUACUGGAAGGCACUUCGUCACGAACAACCCGUGAACGCAUGCUUUAUGAAGGGUCUUCGCUUACACUGCAGCGUGCUGUUGACAUCGGGAAGCAAAUUGAGCAAACGCAACAAGAGCUCGGGGAAUUCGCGCAUAGCACUGUGAACAAGAUUCAAGAUGUGCGAAAAAGGUCAGACUCUGAGCAAGGAAGUUGCUACAGGUGCGGCUCGUCAUCGCAUAUGGCUAACUCGACUGCAUGUCCGGCGAGGAACAAGCGUUGCCACUCUUGUGGAAAAAUUGGUCACUUUUCAAGCAUGUGCAAAUCGAAGAAAAAGAAAUAUGCCGUUCGAAAGCCCGAGAAAGCCAACACCUACUCAUUGCGACCGCCGACUGCCAAUUUGUGUAACUAUUCCGGAGAACAAAUCAAGUUAAGCGGUUGCUUUCUUGCUGACGUAUCUUACAAGGGAAACAGAGCCAGUGUGCUCUUUCAUGUCACAACCAAGGGCACUUCGCUGCUGGGGCUUGAUGCCGUUCGGAGCCUGGGAAUCACUAUCAACGGCUCAACUUUGAAUUGCUGCCAGACGAUGCAGGAAGAAAUUGUGUCCGUUGUAUCAGAGUGCCUAACAAAGGAACGGCUGCAGGUGGCCACUGCUGCAGACAGCACACUGCAACAGGUUGUUGUACACGUGGUACAUGGUCAUCAUACGACCGUCAGGCCUCUGAAGCGGCAGCAGCAGUGCAGCUCGCCCACCGUCGCGUGCAGGCGCCUAAUCCGCGCAGGUGGCGCUCACAAUACCAGCCUCGAGUCGCUGCCUCCUCAUUAG